GGAAAAAUUCUGCAUUCCGUCGUGUCGCGUCGUUCCGUGUAAUUCUUACUCUGUACCAAGUUAGUCAGUCAAUCAGACCGUUAGCCUUUGAGACAGUGAGUAAUUUCCCGGUUGCAUUCGAACGUGUGCCGAGCAUCUCAGGAUUUUCCUUCCGGAUAAUCGCUAGUUUUGUGUGUCCACUUCCGGUGGAAAUAGUGGUGAUUAAGGUGCUUAUCAGUUUGCAAACCCCAGUCCCCCGAGAACAUCACUUCCGGCGCCUGAAGGAUUGCUGCUGGAUAGUCGCCGUCCUCGUCUUCGCUCUAAUCACAGAGAACCAGAAUAAAUAAACUCCACAACAGAAAGACCGCUUUAAGCAGUUGGUUUGGCAGCAGGAAAUAAAGAAAAAAAAAGCAACACAACAACUAACGAUGGCCGCCAUUUCCGAAUUCCGCAAGAAGAAGCUGCUGUAUGUGUUCCACGUGUUUUUCGACAUCAACCAGAGCGGCGAAAUCGACCGUAAAGAUUUCGAGUUGGCAAUCAACAAAAUUUGCGAACUCCGCGGCUGGCCGGCAGGACACGCCAAAAAUAAGGAAACCCACGAUGCGAUGUUCAAAAUCUGGGACGGUCUUCGGCAGAAGGCCGAUGAGGAUAACGACGGUCAGGUUUCGGUCGUGGAAUGGUGCAACAUGUGGGACGCCUAUGCCCGGAACCCGAACUCGGUCCUAGAUUGGCAGCAGAGAUACAUGAACUUCAUGUUCGAUCUGGAGGAUGCCUCCGCCGAUGGAACCAUCGAUUCCGAGGAAUUCUCCACCGUCUACUCCAGCUACGGCGUCAACAAGCCGGAAUGUCUCGAAGCGUUCAAGAAGAUGUCUCAGGGAGCCGCCGAGGUCAAUCGGGACCAGUUUGCCGUUUUGUGGCGCGAAUACUUCUCCUCGGACGAGCCAUCGGCGCCAGGAAAUUUCAUCUUCGGCAAGACCGCUUUCUAAGAGGACUCCUUCCCCUUCCUUUCCGCGUCUAGCCCACCCAUCUUACAACUUAGCCGUUUCGUUUUCACGAUUUUUUCUUUUUGAGGGGCAGAUGAAAGAAAGUAGCAGUAUUCCUAGAACGCUCAAGACACAUUGGACGGGCAGGAAAAUAAUGACGAUAUUUUCCUGCGUUUGAAAAUUGUAGCAGAUUAAGCUGAAAUAAAAUGGAAGAGAGGAAAGUAAAAUUUUUUGCUAACGAUGCCCUUUGCAAUUUGAAACGAAUUUCGAGACAACUUGAAGCCUACAACCAUCGUACGGAUCGAGAUAUUAAAUUUCAGAUAAAAAAACAAAUAUAUUAAUAAAACAUACAAUUAAAAAUAAACGAAUUAGAAACAGAUCGCACCAAAAAGGAACGAAACAAUUACAAAACAAACUAGCAGUGUAAGAUCGAAGAGUUAUUUCUGAAGAAGAAAAUCUUAAACUUAAGCUAAGCUCAACGCUAUUCGCUCCCCGUUUUUCCUGCCAAUUAUUUUACAGCUCAAACAAUUAUUAUCGUAUCGAAGGGAAAAGACCAAAUUCAAGAAAGGAAAGAUUAGAUUUGUUUGGUUAAUAAAAUCGACUUUUUCAACUUUAAGUAGUUUUAUCAAAUCUUCCACUAUCGCACAUCUAGCUCAAUCUUAAACAAAAAAAUAAGUCGAAUGACCUUAGUGGUUCCGUUAAAAAUGUUUUGAAGAUUUUCGAGAAAUAGUUCUAAUCAAACGUUGAGUUUCUAUGUUUGUCUCAUAGUCAAAGUGUAUCGAUUCUAUCAAGAGAUUUUAAGGAUUUAGCAGCAAGGAAAUUUUUAGACCUAUCAUCUGAUAUCAUCGCUAUAAUAAACGUGUGUCAACGAA